GUGGGGGCCCAAGCCUGGGUUGCCAUGGAUACCGUGUCCCUGGAGCAUCAGAUCCAGAGCGUGCAACGCCACAUCAACUUCCUGAAAAAGGAACAGAUGGCCUUGCUUCGAGACCUGCACCUGGAGAUCCUGAGGCUGCAAAAACGCUGCUCAGAACUGACCCAUGACCUGGAGAUGAGAGAGGUCCAGUCUCACCAGCAAGAGGAAGUGUCCCGGGAGCUGGAGAUCAAGUGCCGAGAGCUAGAGUCGCAGCUGGAGGCGCGGGCGGCGGCUAACGCGGAGCUGCGGCGGGAGGUGGCGCAGCGGGAGGCGCUGGUGUCCGCUCUGCGCUGCAGCCUGCGCUCUGAGGAGCGCCGCUUUCUGGAGGAGCUGAGGCGCCGCAGCCAUCGCGCCACGGUGCUGGGCACCGAGCUGCAGAAGCACACAGAGGCGGCCGCCUACCUCUCCUGCCAGCUGCAUGCCGCGCGCCAGAGACUGCAGGCCCCGCGCUCCGGCGCCGCUGCCGCCGAACCCCGGCCCCGCCGGCGCGCACAACGGGCCCGCCGCCCUCCGGAGGCGGCCGCCAAGGGUCCGGGCCGGGACUGGGCGGCCUGGGAAGACACCGAUCCCAUGCCGGACCCUGCCCUCUUCCUCUACCCGCGGAGGCCCCCGCGGCCCAGCGCGCGUGGCCCGCGCCCUCUACCACGACAGGAGCUGCCCGACCAAGACACCCCACACCCUCUGCCACACCAGGAGCCCCGGGACCAAUGUGGCCCGCACCCGGGGCCCAAUGAGAGCCCAGCCUCCACGCCCAGCGCCCCAGGGGAUCCUGAGUAGGCGCUGGGCAGGCGGUGGGUGGCAUCGGGCAAAGCAGGCCUGGCCGGGCAAGAUCAGGGACGGGGCGGAGUCCAGCCGGCAGAUCCGCCCCAGCU